CCACCCGUGUUAAAUUCAGCCCACACCUCUUCCAUUGAUACGCGCGGUCUCCCCCACUUCUUUUGAAACACUAAAAAACCAUGCCGGAUCCAGCACCACCUGCUAAUCCCGGCGCUGCGCAGGAACAGCGCAAUGAAGGAUUCCUAUCCAAAUAUGGUGGCACACUUUUUCGAACCCUUUUGAUGUGGCUAGCCAUGCAGUACUUUAUGGGCUCAAAGACUAAAGUCACUACACCUCAAGAGCAACAACCAGCAACCACAGGAGUCUAUGAAGCCUCAGAGCAAGAAGGGAUCGUUGGCGCCGGUGAAAGCGCGACUCAAGUCGAAUAUUUCCCUGUGCUUCCUACAGGCGUGUACCAUAACCCUUAUCCGCCUCAGAUUCCCGUCAGCCGUUUGCCUACUUCUGCCGUCCCACUCUGGUCCAACAAUGUGCCUGUCGAACUCGAUAUCUAUGUGAAUGAAAACGAAUACUUUGUCGACUAUAAUGCCAAACCCUCAUGGCACCAGUCCGAUAUCAUGCUGGGUGAUGCUAUGGAAAGCCGUGAACAUCAUAUCGAGAUCCCUACAACGUCCAACUUGCAACAUAAUGGUAGUUUGUACGCCCAUAUCUUUGUUACCAAGGCAGGCGCACCCAUUGAUCCAAACAAUCCCAGCUUUUCCCCUGAUUCGCUCGUCUAUUAUCGUCAUCAGUUGACCAAAUUUUAUCCCAAAAAGACCACAGUCAAGCAAAAGAAGUUAUUGGAUUUAGGCAAUGAUGAUGUAGUGGAAGAGGAAGAGGAGGUUGAACAAGAAGAGUUCAUUGAGCAGACCACAACCGAAGAUGGCUCGACUGGUGGAGCAAGUAUCCUCGAUACCUUUACACGUCGUGCUCCACUGGUUGCUUACUGGCAUGAAAACAUGACCAUUUCAAUUAUCAACGAUCCCAAGAGCCCUAUUGCCAAAAACGCCAUGCAGCCUGCUACGAUGAAGUACAUUCCAUUUAAUACGGGUCUUCAUCGUGAUGCCACCGGUAAAAUUGGGUUCUAUCGCCCUAUCGUCUUCCCUAACGAAUUCUGGCACCUUCGCUCCAAUGCAUAUGCCAUCAAUGAAACCGUGAGCGUUCUACCUUUGACCAUCCAUCUUGAACCACUCACUAUGUGGAAGUUCAACAUGUAUGCCAUGUUUGACGAAUCGAUGAAACAGCAGGCCAACAGCCCUAUGGGUGGCAUGUCUUCUUCAGAAAUGGAUGAACUCAAGCGUACAUUGAUGGAAACCAAUCCUUAUUUACUCGCCACCACUGCUGCUGUCAGUCUUUUGCAUAGUGCAUUUGAAUUCCUAGCUUUCAAGAAUGAUAUUGCAUUCUGGAAAAAGAAGAACAACAGCACUGGUGUAUCCGUUCGCAGCUUGAUCACCAACAUCUUUUUCCAGGUCGUUAUUUUCUUGUAUCUCAUGGACAACAACCAAGAAACCUCCUGGAUGAUUUUGUUCAGUCAGGGUAUUGGUCUUGUCAUUGAGGUAUGGAAGGUGUUCAAGGCGCUCAAGUACGAGCUUGUCUGGAAACCUGGGUCGUUGCUGCCUUCGAUCGGCUCCCAAGAUACAGAGACAACCGACACUGAGGAUGAAACCGCCGAGUAUGAUGCAAUUGCAUUCAAAUAUCUUAGAUGGAUCGCGUAUCCAUUGCUUGGUGGCUAUGCUGUUUACUCGCUGUUGUAUGAUGAGCACAAGAGCUGGUACUCAUACGUUCUCAAGACGCUGGUCGAGUUCGUGUACAUGUUUGGUUUCAUUACCAUGAUGCCACAGCUCUAUAUCAACUAUCGUCUCAAGAGUGUUGCUCAUAUGCCUUGGAGAACCCUCAUGUACAAAUCGCUGAAUACAUUUAUUGAUGAUUUGUUUGCUUUCGUUAUCAAAAUGCCUACAUUGCAUCGUCUUGCAUGUCUUCGAGACGACGUUGUGUUCUUUGUGUACCUUUAUCAAAGAUACAAGUACAAGGUGGAUCCAACCCGUGCCAAUGAGUUUGGACAGGUUGGCGAUGCUUCUGCUUCUGCUGAUGCGGCCGAGAAGAAGGAAGGUGGAGAAGAAAAAGAAAAGGAAGAAAGCAAAAAGACCAAAUAAUCACAUUUACAAUAUAUAUUUCUGUCUUUUCUUUUCUGUGUGUUUUCAUUGCAGUUACUGUAAAUUACAAAGAUUUAAUUUCUGUUUUUUAUAUAUACAUUUUCUCUCUUUAAAACGUAAAGCAUGAAGAAUUAU